AUGUCGUCCCUAUCCCUAAAGUUAACGUUAUGUUCAUUCCUACUAGUCCUAGCAGCACAUUUGGCAGAAGCCGGUUGUUGUGGUUGCGGUGGGGGAUGUUGCGGAUGUUGUCAACCAUGUUGUAAUUGUUUACCUUGUUGUAAUCCUCCACUACUCAUUAAACUUCCACCCACACCACCAAGAUUAUGCCCUGUACCGUGCUGUGGAUGCUGCUGUUGCAAGCCUUGCUGUGAGUUUUUUGAGAAAUUUUUGUAAAAUACUAUUCUACACGUUGGGUUUUGUAAAAAAAGUUCUUGGCAUUUUUUGUUUUGUAAAGAAAGUUCUUGCCAUUUUAUGUUUUGUAAAGAAAGUUCUUGUUAAAAACCGUUUUUAAGCCAUUUUCGAAUGUACCAAACAUAUCAUAACUAUAGCUUGUCUGUGACCCAAAUCAGUAAGCCUAAACCCAACCAAAUUUUAGGUUGUUGCGGUGGUCGCAAGCGACGUGAGAUUCAAUUGGAGCGAGCACACAAGUCCUACAAGAAGAGCUCGUGUCUGAAGAAGUGUAAACGUUGUACGCAGAAACAAAAGCAACGUCACGUUCGUAACGCUCCCGUGGAGCGACGAAUCUCUCCCAAGUUUGUUGUUGCGCCACAAGAACAACAAUAUCAAUGUAAAUGUUAA